UCGUCCGCCUGGAUCCAUCGGUUCCUUUUUCAACUGCUCAUGUCUGAAACUGCUUUGGGCUUGUGGCACACACCAUUCGUGCGCUAAUAUCAAGUACUCUUCAAGUGCCCUCUUUGAAGAGUUUCAAUGUCUUCUUUGAAGGAUUCUCCCUCAGAUAUUCGGGCACGGAUAGACGAAGUAAGGCGGUUUCUGUCAAUAGCGCUGAGCAUCGCUAACGCUCAUACGGUGGAGUUCUACACUCACGAUGUGUGGAGCAGGCUAAUAGCUGUCACACCAGAAGAGGUCUUAUCAGCCAUCAGUUUUCAGGACGGCCACCAGAGGGCGCCAGAACGCAACACAGAUGAGACGCCUAAAACCACAUUUGGGUUUUGCGAGAGAACCCAUCGCCUGGUCGAUAUUCAUACAUUACUGGAGGCUGCCAAAGCGCUCUCUAUCCCUGGCCUUGGAGUCUGUCUGUCCAGGAAGCAGCUGAUGCAGUCUCUCAGAAAAGACUCCCACGUCUCCACACAUGCAGAGCAAGCAGAUGCAGAGAUGGAGCCGAGCGAGUUCAUGAACUCAAAGAAGUCCCACGAGGUGCAGUCCAUGUCGGAGGUGGUGUCCUGCCUUGCCCAGGGGUGCAGAGUCAAUCAGGUGAUCGACGUGGGCUCAGGUAAGGGCUACCUGUGCUCCUUCCUGUCGCUGCGGUACGGCCUGCAGGUGUACGGCAUCGACUCCUCCAGCUCCAACACCCACGGGGCCCACGAGAGGAACCGCAAGCUGAAGAGGUUCUCCAGGGCCUACCAGACCCACCUGAGGAGCCCUCCUCAGCCGGAGCUCCCAGGGUCAGCGGACGUGGCGGCGGCGGCGGCGGCGGCGGCGGCGGCGGCGGCCGAUAAACCCGUGAGCGACGGGGGCCAAUCGGAGGACGUUAUCGGUACGGCCGCCGAGAGAGGAAGGUCGGCGGUGGAUGGAUGUGCGCCCGAUGCGGUCAGAGAGGGAAACGCAGCGUGUCUGAGGGAGGAGGAAGAGGAAGACACAGCUCGUCUGAGGGCGGAGGAGGGGGAUGAAGAGGGUAAAGAGGACGCGGCGGCUUCCCCUUCAGAGUCGGCCGCCUCAUCCAUAGACGUGGGUUCGAUUCCCGACGCCGUGGAGGACGUGGAGCCGGCGGACCCCUUCCUGGGCGCGCUGCCCCUGGAGGCCACCGAGGCGGUCUCCGGCGGCGGGCCCCCCAGAGCGGCCCCCCCCGGGCUCAGCGUCGCGGAGCGCGAGAGGAGGAAGCAGGAGAACCUGGCGAGGAAGGCGUGCCGUGGUGCCGGGGGCGGGGCUGGGGGCGGGGCCGAGGGCGGGGCCCUCUACUCGCCGCUGACCUCCUACGUCACCGCGGAGACGGAGCUCAGGGACCUCAUCGACGGGCUCCAGGAUGCGGUGCUGGUGGGUCUGCACACGUGCGGCGACCUGGCCCCCAGCACCCUGAGGAUGUUUGCGGCCAAGCGGGAGCUGGCGUCCGUGUGCAGCGUGGGCUGCUGCUACCACAUGCUGACGGAGGAGUUCGGCCCCGCAGCGCCCCCACCAGGUGAUCUGGCGGCACUGCAGGCCGCGCCCCCACCAGGUGAUCUGACGGCACUGCAGGCCGCGCCCCCACCAGGUGAUCUGACGGCACUGCAGGCCGCGCCCCCACCAGAUGGCGGUGUGUUUGGCUUCCCCAUGAGCGCUUACCUCCGGAGCAGUCGUGGUUCUGUGGCCGGAACGCCCGGAUGUCUGCCUGCCUGGUGAGUCAGCUGACCUGACGUCAGUCAACACCUUUAAAUCCGUCUGAAAGCAUGGUCAUCUAGAUUGACAUGACUUGACUUAAAAUCUCUCUCUCUCUCUCUCUCUCUCUCUCUCUCUCUCUCUCUCUCU